AUGGUUGUCAAUGUAAACCACGCCGGCUUUGAACGUCGGCUCUCUGUGGUUCAGCAACUCCUCCACGGCCGCGGGCUUCAGGCCUCCAUCAUCUCGACCCUGGCUUAUGACGAAGAGUACGCAUAUCCCUUUAACAACUUCCUCUUCAAAGUAGAGCUAGCUACGCCCGCCUUCGCAUCAUCAUUUCCGGGUACUCAACCUGGCACGUGCAAAGCUCCGCCUGAAGGCAUCUCCACGCUGGUCAUCAAACUUAGCAACCUCGCGGCCCACGACGUGAACAAUACCAACCGCGUAGAGAAUGACGUGGCUUCACAGCACCUUGUUCGUAAGUCCAUGGAAAAGAGCGGGCUCGCUCCACUGGUACCGGAUGUUUACGCCUGGGCGCCUGCCACGACUACUAACCAAGCAAACGAGAAGGGGUUCGGGUGGAUCAUGUCAGAGUUCCGGAGCGGCGUUGAUCUGGGUCCGGAAUUCUCCUCUCUUGACGUGGAGAGUCAGAAGCAUGUCUUGGAGCAGAUGGCUGCCGUUCUUGGGGCCAUGCAAGCAGCAGAUCUCCCGGAAAGCGUCACUAAGUUUGGCAGCGGACUCAAGUUCGAUUUGAACGGCGCCAUUAUGUGA